AGAUUGCUCGAGCAGCUGCACUGAGGGCGGAGUAGCCAGACGCACCGGAAUCUCGGAGUAACCGGGUCUCUAAAGGAAAAAGCAAGGCCCUCGGAGCUAAGGAGCUUCUGUAGAGGUGCAUGCGACGACCUCAGAAACGGGGUCCCUAAACAAGGAGAACGCUACCUCUCCACCCAAGAACUCAAUCGCGCUACAAAGGCGCGAGCUGAUUGCGUCAUCUGGCUUGCGCCCGAAUCACGGUUCUGUGGGACGGCUGGAGGUCACGUGAUACGUUUUGAGACACUUUCUGCUUCUGGCGGAAGCCGCCAUCCAGGCCGAUUGACAAGGCCAGAGAGAGUUCUGUUCUAUAGAACUCUGUAGUUGUGUGUAAUAUAAAUUCAACUGUCUCUGUGUCCGUAUUUUCAUUUUACUUUUUCUUUUUUAACCUGUUUUACUUUGCAGUUUGACGUUACCCAAACAAAGAUGGCGGCCGAGGCGCUGCGACGUACCAUAGAGUCUCACGCCUAGACGAACCGGUGCCGGGUUCUGCGCGCUGGAAACACGCCCGGCUGCCGAGCUCUGUAAAGGAAGUCUAGGGCGGGCCGGACCAGGAGGUUCUGCGUCUGCGCCAAGAUGGUGGAGCAGGAGAGUCCCCGCGUGGUUCGUUGCGGCGGCAGCGAGUUGAACUUCAGGAGAGCUGUGUUCUCUGCGGAUUCUAAGUAUAUCUUCUGUGUCUCUGGAGACUUCGUUAAAGUUUACAGCACAGCCACAGAAGAGUGUGUCCACAUUUUGCAUGGCCAUAGAAAUCUGGUUACUGGAGUCCAGCUCAACCCCAACAACCAUCUACAGCUGUAUUCUUGUUCUUUUGAUGGCACAAUUAAACUGUGGGACUACAUAGAUGGCAUUUUAAUAAAGACUUUCAUUGUUGGACAUAAACUUUAUGCUCUCUUUACUCUUGCCCGUGCUGAGGAUUCUGUCUUUGUUACAAUCAGUAAAGAAGAACCAGAUGUCUUUCAGCUGGUUUCAGUGAAAUUGCCAAAAUCAUCGAGCCAAGAAGUAGAGGCCACUGAGCUUUCCUUUGUUUUGGAUUAUAUAAACCAGUCACCCAAGUGUGUUGCCUUUGGAAAUGAGGGAGAAUAUGUUGCUGCAGUACGGGACUUCUACUUGUCUGUUUAUUUUUUCAAAAAGAAAACAACGUCAAGGUUUACAUUGUCCUCAUCAAGAAAUAAGAAGAACGCUAAGAACAAUUUUACAUGUGUAGCGUGUCACCCAACGGAAGACUGCAUAGCAUCCGGGCACCUAGAUGGCAAAAUCCGUCUUUGGAGGAAUUUUAAUGAUGAUAGGAAAUACACGUACACAUGUUUACAUUGGCACCAUGAUAUCGUUAUGGAUUUGGCUUUUUCAGUGACGGGCACCAGUCUGCUGAGUGGCGGCCGUGAGUCUGUGCUUGUGGAGUGGCGUGAUGCAACAGAGAAGAAUAAAGAGUUUCUCCCUCGUCUAGGAGCUACCAUUGAGCACAUCUCAGUCUCACCUGCGGGGGAUUUGUUUUGUACUUCUCACUCUGAUAAUAAGAUGAUGAUUAUUCACCGAAACCUUGAGGUAUCUGCAGUGAUUCAAGGCCUAGUGAAAGAUAGGAAUAUCUUUACUGGUUUGAUGAUUGAUCCAAGGACUAAAGCCUUGGUUUUGAAUGGAAAACCUGGCCACCUGCAGUUUUAUUCUCUCCAGAGUGAUAAGCAGUUAUACAAUUUAGAUAUUAUACAACAAGAAUAUAUCAAUGAUUACGGUCUGAUCCAAAUCGAACUAACAAAAGCUGCAUUUGACUGCUCUGGUAACUGGCUUGCAACUGUGGAACAACGGCAAGAAAAGGAAGCAGAACUUGAAUUACAAAUGAAACUGUGGACAUAUAAUAAGAAAACACAAGGGUUUGUCCUUAACACAAAGAUUAAUAUGCCACAUGAAGACCACAUCACAGCUCUCUGUUUCUGUAAUACAGAGAAGUCAGACAACCCCACUUUGGUUACAGCUAGUAAGGAUGGUCUCUUCAAAGUAUGGAUAUUAACAGAUGAUUCUGAUAUAUACAAGAAAGCUGUUGGCUGGACCUGUGACUUUGUGGGUAGUUACCACAAGUAUCAGGCAACUAACUGUUGUUUCUGUGAAGAUGGUUCUUUACUAGCAGUUAGUUUUGAAGAAAUUGUCACAAUAUGGGAUUCAGAAACAUGGGAACUUAAAUGUACGUUUUGCCAACGAGCUGGAAAGAUAAGGCACCUUUGCUUUGGGAGAUUGACGUGUUCCAAGUACCUUCUCGGUACCACUGAAAAUGGCGUUCUUUGCUGUUGGAAUCUGCUCAGUUGUGCAUUGGAAUGGAGUGCAAAAUUAAAUGUUAGCAUUAUGGAACCUGAUCCUGAGUCAGAGAAUAUUGCUGCAGUCUCUCAGUCUUCAGUGGGUUCAGAUUUGUUUGUAUUUAAACCUAGUGAGCCAAGGCCAUUGUAUAUUCAAAAGGAUAUCUCCAGAGAGGAAGUCCAGCGGGGGGUGUUUGUUCCACGAGAUACCCCUGAGUCGUUCACCUCGGAAGCUUACCAGUGGCUCAACAGAUCCCAGUUCUACUUCCUGACAAAAUCACAGAGUUUAUUGACAUUUAGUACAAAGUCUCCAGAAGAAAAACUCACACCAACAAGCAAACAGCUGCUAGCAGAAGAAAGUCUUCCAACAACCCCAUUUUAUUUCAUACUGGGAAAACACAGACAACAACAGGAUGGAAAAUUCCAUGAAAAUUCAGAGAAUGAACUGGUGCAACUACCCUUAACAGAAAACAUACCCGCAGUUAAUGAGCUUCUUCACACGCCAGCCCAUGUGUUGCCAUCUGCUUCUUUCCUGUGCUCCCUGUUCAUAAAUUCCUUGUUGCUGUCUAAAGAGACAAAGAGUGCUGAAGAAAUUCCAGAUGAUGUAGAUAUGCAAGAAGAAAAAGAAAGUGACAACUCUGAUGAAGAAAAUGCUUUUACUGAAAAGGUCCAAGACACAAAGCACACAGAUUUGGGAGAAGACAUUUUCCAUCAGUUGUCAAAAUCUGAAGAAAAGGAACUGAGAAAACUCAGGAAAGUAGACUAUAGCUGGAUUGCUACCUUUUAGUCCCUGGAGAUGGAGAAGAGUCCUUAUACUUUGUGGUUUUUUUUAAUGUAUACUGACAUUCUAAAAAACUUAUUUUAAUGUUAUUACUGUUCCUAAAAUAAAGUGUUAAUACUUAACAGACUUUUAAAAACUGAUAAUGUGAAGCCACAUUUGCAUUGAGUUUCACUGUUGCAGGGAUAUUCAUAGGUCAUACAAUCACUUUAUUUUGAAUCACGAACUGACCUUAUGAAAUAGGUAUUUUCUUCAUUGGUGAUACAGCAGAGCUGAAAUUUGAACUUAUUUCUCCUAAUGGAAUGUAGAGAUGAGUUGAUUAUGUUGUAUUCCACAAACCCCACUGGGGAUGUUGCAUAAUAACAUGAGACGCCUAAAAUUUGAAAGAUUUUAAAUUCAAAUCAUCUGGCCCAAAGUCCCAUUGCUAGUAGAAAACAAGUACGCUCUUUUAGGUUAAAGUACUGAAAUUUCUACAUCCAAACAGUUAGCAUUUUGAGUUUUCUGGUUCCUUGAUAAUACUUCUUUAAAAAUUGCAUUAAAAAGAACACAAAAACAGUAAAGUAGGAUUCAGCAUCAUGGCCCAGCAGGGAUUAAACUGCCACUUAAGACACUGGCAUCCAGGUUUGGAGUGUCAGUUCAAUACCACUACUCCACUUCCAAUCCAGCUUCCUGUUAAGCUACAGCAGAAGGUGUCCUAAGUGUCUGGGCCCCUGUUACCCAUGGGUGUGAAUCAUAUGGAGUUCCUGGCUCCUGACUUCACUCUGGCUGUAACAUCCUUUUAGAGAGUGAACUAGUGAAUACAAAGAUCCCUGUCUCCUUUUCUCUGUGUCA